CGGCAGCAGCAAAGGCCUCCCGCCGCCGGUUGCCUAGCGAGGAGGGCGGCAGCGGCGACGCCGAGGAGGAGGCGGAGGAGGAGGAGCCGCACCAGCAGCAGCAGCAGCAGCCGCGCCAUGGCGGCGUCGGGAGGCAGCGAGGCCCGGCGCUCCAGCGAGGCGGCGGCGGCGGCGGCCGGGGAAGCCGCGCCGGGGGGAGGCGGAGGCCCUGCUGCUGCUGCUGCUGCUGCCGCGGCCGCCCCCGCCCAGAGGAAGCCCGGAGGCAGCCGCUCCCGCCGCCCCGCCGCCUUCCUGGCCCAGGAGGAGGAGUACAAGCGCUUAAACGCAGAAUUGGAAGCCAAGACCGCGGAGCUGGUGCGCCAAGCGGAAGAAGUCAUGAGAGAUCAACAAGAAAUGUUGUCCAGGCCAAUCUCCACACAGGUUGAGCUGUUUGAUGAAGAGGCCAAACGCCAGAGAGAUUUCUAUCCGCCUGAACUGCCAACGCUCUCUUUUGCACUUCAUAAGCAAUCCAACAAGAAGAAAACCAGCUCAGUGUCUACAGCUCAGACCAGGCCAGAGUCUGGAAAGAAGGAAAAAGGAGCUUCAAGCGCAAGACCAAGGCCCUACAAGCUCCAGAGUGCCGCUGCUGAUGUUGCAGUCCCUGACUUCUCUCUGGCAAAGACCAUUGGUAAAAUUGAAGGGCAACUAGAAGCAGGAAACCUGCCUGAUCUAGAUGAUGACAUUCUCCCUGCUGCAGCAAGUGAAAUUGGAGCAGAGGCCCAGAUCCGGUUCCUAAAGGCCAAGCUGCGUGUUAUGCAAGAGGAGUUGGACACCCUGGGGCAGGAAAGCAGCCAGAAGGAUGAUGAGAAUCAAAGCUUAAGCAGCCGGCUGAAGGAUGCGGAAGAAGAGUGUGGGAGGCUGCAGCGAACAGCCAGUUUACAGCAGUCUCAAAUGGAGAAGUACAAAAUGCUGUCAGAAGAGGCCAACCGAAAAAGCGAAGGAUUGCGACAGCAGCUUUCAAUGCUAGAGAAGGAACUGGAGAAUCUCAAGCGAGCACAAAAGCAGAUGUCAGCCAAUCAAAGUACUCUGGAGGUCCGUUUGAACAGAGCGCUUGAGGAAGCCGAGAGAUAUAAAAUGGAACUGAAUAAACUGAAGCAAAGUAACAAGGAGGUGGUCAGCCAGGAACACAGAAAGCUCGAAGAACUGGAGCUGGAAAACAAGAAGUUGGACAAGCAAAAAGGAGAGCUGAUGGCAGGUUUCAAGAAGCAAUUGAAAUUAAUUGAUAUUUUAAAGAGACAAAAGAUGCACAUUGAAGCUGCUAAGAUGCUCUCUUUCACUGAAGCAGAGUUCAUGAAAGCCCUUGAGUGGGGAAAUUCCUAGUUCAACAUGCAACACGAGCUUCUAUCUGAAGAUGUAUAUUAACUUGUUUUAAAGUGAACCCAUUUAUUAAGUUUUUCUGAAGAAUUGGCUUGUUACAGUGUAUCCUCUUCUUACCAUAAAAUUGUUUUACUAGCUGUUUUCUAAUUCUUUAAAGAGCCAAACCUUUCCUAAGUUUUUACGUUUACAGAGAUAAGGCCACAAGCUAUCAUUCACCUUCCAAAAGGUUAAGAUUAGCUUAGGAUAGAAACACACACUGCACUGUAAACCAAAGGCUCCCUUAAAUUGUGCAAUUUACUUCACUAUUUUCUCAAAGCCAUUUCAUUUUCAAAAUAAAGGCGUUCCUUUCUGA